AUGAGUGCGGUGUUACUCCGGGGUCGACCGGACGCCCCGGCGCUGAGGAGAAUCGGACUUUUAUCACCCCGAUUCUUUUCUUCGAAUCCCUCGGGGCCAGCUAGGCUUGCUGCAUCUCGAGCUCUUCCCGUUCGUCGGAAUUCUAUACCGCAAUGCCUGGCGUCGCGUGCGUUCUUCAACAGUCACUCCUCGAUCCGACGCCAAUCAACCGGGCCAGAGAUCACUAGCAUACCACGAAGAUCCUCUCUCCAAAAUGCCUUCCUCAAAACUUUCGCCUAUUGUGGAUUUUUUAUUGUCAUGAGUGGCGCUGCAGUGGUAGCAUUCUUUGUCUACGAUGCGACCACAUACCGUGAACACUCAAGUGCCGAAGACAUCCCGGUCUCCGAAUUGGCUCUAAAUCCCCGUCGUGGAGGCCCUAAGAAUCUGCCUGUAGCAGAUGUCCUCGUUGGGGAUUAUGAUUCAGACGCCAUGGCGGAACAGAAGGACAAGCCGAGGCUGGUGAUCUUGGGUACAGGCUGGGGCAGUAUCGCCCUUCUCAAACAACUGAAUCCUGGCGACUAUCAUGUCACGGUUAUCUCCCCCACCAACUAUUUUCUGUUCACUCCAAUGUUGCCUUCUGCGACAGUUGGCACUCUUGGACUAAGGUCGCUUGUUGAGCCAGUUCGGCGGAUUAUUCAACGGGUCAAUGGUCACUUUCUAAAGGGUGAGGCAGUAGACGUUGAAUUCUCCGAGAAGCUAGUUGAGGUGUCCCAGGUUGAUGCCAAUGGGAAAUUACAAAGCUUCUAUGUUCCGUAUGACAAACUUAUCAUCGGCGUUGGCUGUGUCACGAACCCGCAUGGUGUUAAAGGCCUUGAGAAUUGUCACUUCCUGAAGACUAUUGAUGAUGCUCGCCAGAUCAAGAAUCAGGUGCUGGAGAAUAUGGAAUUAGCCUGUUUGCCAACGACCAGUGACGGCGAGCGCAAACGUCUCCUUUCUUUUGUUGUUUGUGGCGGUGGCCCAACUGGCGUUGAAUUCGCAGCUGAGCUGUUUGACCUCCUCAAUGAGGACCUACUCUACUCCUUCCCUAAGAUUUUGAGGAAUGAGAUCUCUGUCCACAUCAUUCAAAGCCGUACCCACAUCCUGAACACUUAUGAUGAAGCCCUCUCUAAGUAUGCUGAAGCUCGUUUUGCUCGGGACCAUGUUGACGUCUUGACAAAUUCCCGGGUGAAGGAAGUUUGCGAUGACAAGGUUGUAUUCACGCAAAUAGAAGAUGGAAAGACUGUACUAAGAGAAAUCCCUAUGGGUUUCUGUUUGUGGUCCACUGGUGUUGCCCCGGCCGAAAUUUGCAAGAAGCUCUCGGCAAAACUUGAUGCACAGAACAAUAAGCAUGCAUUAGAGACUGACUCGCACCUCCGCCUGAUCGGGGCCCCUCUGGGUGAUGUGUAUGCCAUUGGUGACUGCUCCACAGUCCAGAACAAUGUGGCCGAUCAUAUUGUAUCUUUCCUGCGCACAAUUGCCUGGGAGAAAGGCAAGGAUCCAGAGAAGCUGCACCUUACGUUCCGUGAAUGGCGAGACGUCGCCAACCGGGUCAAGAAGCGGUUCCCUCAGGCGUCUAACCACCUUCGCCGACUGGACAGGCUCUUCGAACAGUACGACAAGGAUCAUUCCGGUACCCUCGAAUUCGGGGAACUUUCUGAGCUCCUGCACCAAAUUGAUACUAAACUCACAUCCCUGCCUGCCACUGCCCAACGCGCCAACCAGCAAGGUGAAUAUCUGGGCCGCAAACUUACCAAGAUUGCCGCCGCUCUUCCCGGAAUGAGAGCCAACGAAAUCGAUCACGGCGACCUCGAUGAAGCCGUCUACAAGGCUUUCAAAUACAAGCAUCUUGGCAGCUUGGCCUAUAUCAGUAAUGCUGCCGUCUUUGACUUCGGGGGAAUGAACUUCAGCGGAGGUGUUUUAGCCAUGUACCUGUGGCGUAGCGUGUACUUCGCUGAGAGUGUCAGCUUGCGAACCCGCUGUAUGCUUGCUAUGGACUGGGCUAAGAGAGCCCUGUUCGGGAGAGACCUUAUGAGCUUCUAA